AUGAAGGUCCCCGGGGCUGCCCUCGCCAUCCUCCUCUGCACCAUGGCUCUCUGCAGUCAGGUCUUCUCUGCACCAUUUGGUGCUGACACCCCAACUGCCUGCUGCUUCUCCUAUGUCUCCAAGCAGAUUCCACGCAAGUUCAUAGCUGACUAUUUUGAGACCAGCAGCCAAUGCUCCAAGCCAGGGGUUAUCUUUCAAACCAGAAGAGGCCGGCAGGUCUGUGCUGACCCCAGUGAAGCCUGGGUCCAGGAAUAUGUGACUGACUUGGAGCUGAGUGCCUGA